AUGACGACUCCCACUCCCAAUGAUCCAAGCUUUUCUCGUGCUCCAUCUCCUGAGCUUCCCGCACGUCUCAAUAUUGUUUUGCAACCCCCGAAUCCUAUCAUUCGUCAAGCCCUUGCCGACACAGCACCCCCAAAUGCGAACAUACCUGAAAAUGUGAAGAAUUGGGUAGUCGAUCUCGUAACAAACGUGGUGGAAGAAAUGCGUCAACAAACGGUGGCGCACUACGAAAAUCUCAUCCAGCGUCAAGCGCAUACAAUGGAACGUAACACCAUGGAGUUUCACAAUCGGACGGUCUUCUUAGACCAACAUCGUCAACAAAUCGAGUCUCGAAUGUCAGACUUGGAGAAAACCUCGUCAGCCUUAUUCGAGGACCACAAGAACACUAAUGACUCAUUGGUGGCAUUUGACGAUGAGAUCAAGGAUCUCCAAACCAGGAUGGAGGACCUGAAGAAAUCACACGAUCGACUUCGCGCAUGGGCAUCCACGCAAGGACGGAAAGCAGGGCAAGGCGGUACCAAUGUCGACGACACGGACGACGAUGAUGAGCCGUCGUUUGGUCGCAAGGGUAAAGGUGUAAAAAUUGACCAACCAGAAAAAUAUGGUGGCAAUAAGGACGGAGUCAAUCUCGAUGAUUGGCUUGAACAAGUCAUGCUCUGGUUGAAAUAUACCGGACAUACAAAAGACGAGUCCAAAAUUAUGUCUACCCUCUUGCUCCUGAAAGGAGGAGCACGCGAAUACAUGCGGCAUUGGAUUACCGAAAUAAACGAAAACAACAAAGCACCCGGAACUUGGGAUGACAAGAAGCGAACGGAGUUAGAAGCCUUCGUCAAGAAGGAUCAUCGAGACUUCCGGAAGUUCGCAGAAGACUUCCGUCCAAAGGCAACAGGUACAGGCUUCUCGGACCAAGACUUGAUCGAAAAAAUCAAGAAACAUAUUCCGGAGAAAACGUGGCUGCUCAUGCUAGCAGAUACCACUAAGGACAACUGGCCCAAGAAGUGGACCGAAUUCCUUACAUUCGCACUCCGGAUAUUCACGUCACUACAACGAGAAGGCCACCAUGCCAAGGCCGAAACCAAGGACCCGAAUGCCAUGGAGGUUGAUGCAGUCGGGAAGAAGGGGAAGAGUAAAUCGGGCAAAGCGCGAAGUGUACAAGACGACAAGUUGGUAUGCGCCAACUGCAAGAAGAACAAGCCAACGUUCUUCAAAUCGUCGAAACGCUUCGGCAAGUAUUGCACUGAUUGUUUCAAAUUAGAUCAUGUCAAGAGGCAGAUUGAGAAGGAGAAAGAGGCAGCCGCGAAGAAGAAGGACGGGAAGAAGAAGGAUGACGCCAGGAACAAAUCCAAGUCGUCCAAGACGCGACAAGUAGCAUCGGAUUCCGCUUCAUCCGAUAGCGAAAUGGACACGGACAGUGGUCCCGACAUUAAGAAGCACAAGAGCUCUUCCUCUAAGACUAAGGGGAAGGGUAAGGAGACAGCUGCACAUAUUAGCGACCGCAGCAUCCACUCAGAAAGCGAGCCUGAUGCAUCCGAGUCGGACGAAGAUUUCGCCGCGAUCCUCUCAAGGCUCAGGCACCUGAGGGCGAAUGGAUCCAGUUCAUCAAGGAAGGCGGGAGAGGGCUCUUCGAGGAAGGAUCGGAAGGGUUUUCUCAAAGGGGAUCUGUAG